UUGUCUCUGUGCACUUCUGAUCAAACCACAGGCAUGGCGCUUGAUUCAGGUGAUGGUGUAUCGCACACUGUUCCUGUCUGUCAAGACAAUACUCUCUCUCUCUCUCUCACACAUGCUACCAGACGCAUUGAUUUAGCAGGCGGUGAUUUAACAGACAAUUUGAUCCGUGUUAUG